AUUAUUGGACUUCGCACUUUUUGCGAGUUAAAAAUUUUAACUUUUGUAUUUUAUUUUGUGUAAAAAUUGUAUUUUUAUAUACAUUUUCUAACUGAAAUUAUCGGUACAAUGGCUCGUGUAUUAGUUGGUGUAAAGAGAGUUAUAGACUAUGCCGUUAAGAUUCGUGUCAAGCCAGACAAAUCUGGUGUGGUCACGGAAGGUGUGAAGCACUCGAUGAACCCAUUUGAUGAGAUUGCUGUGGAGGAGGCUGUGAGGAUGAAGGAGAAAAAACUGGCCAGUGAAGUGAUUGCCGUCUCUUGUGGACCAACUCAAGCUCAAGAAACCCUAAGAACAGCUUUAGCUAUGGGUGCAGACAGAGCAAUUCAUGUAGAAGUUGCUGGGGCAGAGUACGAGACUUUACAGCCCCUUCAUGUUGCUAAAAUCUUGGCCAAAUUGUCACAAGAUGAAAAAGCAGACUUAGUCAUUGUUGGCAAACAGGCUAUUGAUGAUGAUUCCAAUCAGACAGCACAAAUGACUGCCGCCAUUCUGGACUGGCCCCAGGGCACUUUUGCCUCAAAGGUUGAGAAGACCGAUUCUGGGCUGACAGUGACCAGAGAAAUUGAUGGCGGUUUGGAAGUGAUCAAAACUAAACUGCCAGCAGUUCUCAGCGCUGACCUGCGACUCAACGAGCCAAGAUAUGCUACGCUGCCCAAUAUCAUGAAAGCCAAGAAGAAGCCAAUGAAGAAAUUGACCGCCAAGGAUUUGGGUGUCGAUUUGGCGCCGAGAAUCAAGGUCAUCAGUGUAGAAGACCCACCAGUCAGACAAGCGGGCUCCAUCGUACCCGACGUCGACACACUGGUCGCCAAACUCAAGGAGGGGGGACACGCUUAGUUCAAACCACCAAACAUAGCCCAAUGUUUAUUAACAACACAUAAGAGAUUUGUACAUGGUUUUUAUGAAUGUAGGUUUAUAAUCAUGUUGAAUAUAACUUUAUCAUGUUUA